AUGGUGCCUAGCUGCCAUAUCACCCGAAGGAAGCAUGAGGGCCGGGAUACUGCCAGCUUACUCAAUCCUAGAUGGGAGAAGUCGAGAUGCAGAGGGUUCGAACCAUGGACCUUCGGGACAGUGUGGUUACUACUGAGCUCCAUCUGCAAUCAAUCAAUAGAAAUUAUUAAAAAUAAUAUUCGUUCUGCCGUAACACCCUGUGGGUACCUAGCUGACAUGCCAACUGAAGGAAGCACGAGGGCUAGGACACUGCCAGGUUGCCCAAGCCUAGACGGGAGAAGUCGAGAUGCAGAGGUCGGGUUCGAACCACAAACCUUCGGCGGGGUAUACCCGCUCAGCCGUAACACCCUUUUAGUGCCUAGCUCCCAUGCCACCCGAAGGAAGUACGAGGGCUGGGAUACUGCCACGUUGCCCAAGCCUAGACAGGGGAAGUCGCGAGGCGGAGGUCGGAUUCGAACGCGGACCCUCCGAUCAAGAGUACCAGCGGAAUGGAGCUCCUCGACCAUCAUCCAAGUUUUUAGAAAAGAGUGCAAGAGCGUGAAAACCACCGUGAUUUCACACUGGUAUCCGCCGCACCCAAGGUGCUCUGCGGCGUUAUUUUGCGAAAUUUGGUGGACUACCGAGAGAUUCGUGAAAACCAAGCUGGGUUUCGCCCUGGUCGAUGAUGCAUCCACCAUAUCUUCACCCAGAGACAGAUUCUUGAACAGCAUCACUCCUUUGUAA